CUGGGCGGAGCUCAGACCCUCCCCGAACCCGGGCUGGAUCAAAUUCUCAGCUUUGGACUGGCUGAAUGAAACUGGUUGAGAUUCCACUUGUUGAGAUGAAAGAACAAGGAGCGGUGAACAGGGAAAUCCAGACAGAAACUAUCUGCGGCCGUGAGGGAAGGUUAACUCAGCCUGUUUUCUUUCCUGUUUACUGUUGCUAUAUUUGUCCCAAUCCCGCUUCUUCCUGCUGCCGGUCCUAUCCCGGGCCGUCGAGAGUUAGUGUGACCCGGAGUGCGGCUGUCCUACUUUACUCCCGCUCUCCCGGCCCUAUUCAUGUGUAAUCAGCCGACGGUCACUUUAUAGCCGAGUGGCCACCGUAAGCAACAGCUCAGACGUACAGAGUGAGCACACCGGUGCAGGACCAUUAUCGUUCACUCGGAAUGUCAGACUGUGAUUUCCCGGGACCACACUGAACGCCGUCCGGUUACGACAUCAGAGGGACAAGCUCCAUAAUCUGACUACACCUGUCCUCAGAAUGAUUAAGGGGGAGAGUACAGAAGGAAUUCCAAUGACGUCAACAUCAGGAAAGGACACGGGUCCGAGCUCAGUGAUCACCGAGCUCCUGGCAGGCUGGGACGAUUUCCAGCUGCUGCAGCUGACGGAUUUCUACCGGGACAGGCUGGAGCAGGCGAUGGAAGGAGGGGUGUACGGAGUGAGCCUGGCGUUAACGGCCGAGAAUCAGUUCAGUGGAGAGGAGCAUCGGAAAAUCUCUGAUCUCGCUGACAAGGGAGAGCGGGCGGACAGUUCUAGACUCCUCCUGAGCCUGGUGAUGGAGAAAGGCUCCCGCGCCCGGAGGGUGAUGUGGGAAACCUUUGUGGAAAUGCGGAAUGGUGUCCCAAAGUUAGACAAAAUACUGAAAGAAAUGCAGGGACAUGGUUGUGUUCCGGUCCAUCGACCCGUACCAACGAUGCCCAGAGACCUGAAAGAUGUCCAACAGAAACACAAGGAGACUCUGCGGGCGCAAACUGAGACACUGAGAGUGAACCCGAUCCUGAUGAGGGAGAAGGUGAAGGUUUUCCAGCUGGUUGAUCGAUACGCUGAGCUCACGGUCAUUUCUACUGUCCGAGAUCGGGCACUGGUGGAACACGAGCUGCUCGCAAGAGGCAGAGACCACGAGGAGUGGAUGGAGAAACAGUUUCGCAGAGAAGAAGAAAAAAUCCGGACUGAGCAAUUGUUUCAGAACAGCUUUUCCCGGAGUAAAUGCAAAUCUGGGAGUUCAACAGCAGUGGCUGGAGUCGCCGGGAUUGGGAAAACAACGAUGGUGCAAAAGAUUGUUUAUGACUGGGCCACAGGGAAAAUAUACCAACAAUUCCAGUUUAUCUUCAGCUUCAAAUUCCGAUAUUUAAAUUCCGUUAACAGUCGGAUAAACCUGAAAGAACUGAUUCUGGAUCAGUAUCCUUACUUUGGGAAUUUACUGAGUGAAGUCUGGAAGAACCCAAAGGGAUUGUUGUUUACUUUCGAUGGUUUGGAUGAGUUCAAGGACAAAAUUGAUUUUGCUGAUAGUCGGAGAGACACAGAACCGCAGUACACAUGCACUGAUCCUGAAUUUCGGUGCAAGGUGUCUGACAUUGUGUACAGUUUAAUCCAGCACAAGCUGCUCCCAGGGUGUUCAGUGCUGGUGACCACCCGCCCCACUGCGUUGCAUUUAUUGGAAAAGGCUAAGAUCAGUUUCUGGGCUGAAAUACUAGGAUUUUCUGGUGAGGAACGGAAGGAAUAUUUCUAUAGGCAUUUUGAAGAUCAGACAGUAGCAGAAGCUGUUUUUAAACACGUGGAGGAAAACGAGAUUUUGUACACCAUGAGCUACAACCCCGCCUACUGCUGCAUCCUCGUUCUGGUACUGGGCCCCUUCUUCACAAAAUGUGACAGGGACCUGCAGCGAGUUCCCCAAACCAUCACCCAACUGUAUUCCUACUAUAUUUACAACAUCCUGAAAAACCACGGCAGUGAGAUUGAGAACCCACGUGAUGUGUUACUCAGGGUUGGUCAGAUGGCCUUCAGAGGAGUGUCCGAGAAGAAGAUUGUGUUCACAGAUGGAGAUUUGAUCAACUGCAAUCUGCAGCCUUCUCAGUUCCUGUCCGGGUUCCAGAUGCAGCUUUUGGAGAGAGAGGAUUCUGCCCGCUGUGUGGUGUACACAUUCCCACAUCUCACCAUCCAGGAGUUUGUAGCUGCAGUUGCACAAUUCCUGAAUCCACAUCCCGGGGAUAUCCUCCAAUUCCUCACAAAAGCCCACAGCAUGGCAGAUGGGCGAUUUGAGGUAUUUCUCCGCUUUGUUGCUGGUCUGUCCUCCCCAAUGACAGCUCGGGGCCUGGAGGAGUUUCUGGGUCCAUUUCCUCAUCAAACAACCUGCCGGGUGAUUGACUGGGUGAAGGAAGAGGUUAAACGCCAGAGUGGAAACACAGAGAGUGAAGCUGGUAAAAAUAGCCUCCUGAACACAUUGCACUACCUGUUUGAGUCACAGAAUCGUGGGCUGGCUCAGGACACACUGGAAUCAGUGGAAAUACUUUCAUUCCGUGGAAGGACUCUGACCCCGAUUGACUGCGCGGUCCUGUCUCAUGUCAUCGGGAACUGUGGUACAAUAAAACACCUCGACUUGGUUGGCUGCCACAUUCAGUGUGAAGGAGUCCAGCGGCUCGGACCUGUGCUGUACAAGUGCCAGGAGUUGAGCCUUGGGGACAAUAAACUGGGAGAUUCAGGAGUGAAACUGGUGUCUGCGGCUCUGAGGAACCCGGAGUGUAAAAUACAGAAACUGGGGCUGAAUAAAGUCAGUCUCACAGAUUCUGGUGCCGAGGAUCUCGUCUCCGCUCUCAGUACAAACCUAUCACUGACAGAGCUGAAUCUGAGUCAUAAUGAACUGGGAAUUUCAGGAAUGAAACUGGUGUCUGCGGCUCUGAGGAACCCAGGGUGUAAAAUACAGAAACUGCGGCUGUGGGAUGUCGGUCUGACAGAUUCUGGUGUCGAGGAUCUCGUCUCCGCCCUCAGUACAAACCGAUCUGUGAGGGAGCUGGACCUGAGUAUCAAUAACCUGGGAGAUUCAGGAGUGAAAUUGGUGUUUGCGGCUUUGAGGAACCCGGAGUGUAAAAUACAGAAACUGUGGCUGAACGAUGUCGGUCUCACAGAUUCUGGUACCGAAGUUCUCGUCUCCGAUCUCAGUAUAAUCCCAUCACUGACGAAGCUGAACCUGGGAUCAAACUCGCUGAAGGACCGAUCUGUCCCCGCUCUCCGCCGCCUCAUAAUGACCCUCCCGAGCCUGGAGCAGAUCGUGCUGGUGGGGAACCUGUUCACCUGGACUGGGCAGAAGAAACUGAGGUCUCUGCUGGAACCCAGACCCGGACUGACAGUGAACAUCUGAAUAUGUGAACAUCCCCACUCGCGGGAUGGGGAUAUGUAGCGUGAUUCUCCACCCUCCCCUUUAACGGCCGAGGUCCAGGUUUAGUUCCCAAAAAUGCCAACGGACCCUGACUCGCUCCAAGCACGUUAGGACGUCAGAGGCGGUCCCGCAGUGACGUACUUCCUCCUCCCGUCCAGCGGCCCUGCCUCCGCCGGACGUUCGGCUUUGUGAGAUCCCGGGGAAUUACAGAGACAGGAAGAGCCCCGAGGCAGGGCUCACUCUGAUACAUCAUUGUCCCGGGUCGCAUUAUCCGGGGAGAGAUUUUUUUUUUUUGCUCCCUUUGCUGAAGGUGGUGAAUUCGACAGGUUGGCCGAUAUAAUAAUGUUAAAUAGACAAAUUCCUCAGUCCUGGUCCUGGAUCUGCAGCGAAAUCGGACGCUCCCCUGAAUGAUUUUAUAAUUAUCGGUUCCCCAAUGCAAAGUGACGGUGAGAAACGGUACUGACUAUUCAACCUGUCACUCGUUGUCGCCGGUCAGUUAAUUGUGUUUGAUUGUGAGUGAAUCGGGAGCAGCUUCUUUAUUCCCGCCGGUUAGCAGCUCCCACAUUGCUUAAUUUACAUUUGUCCUGAUGAAAUCAAUAAACCGCUGUAACUUCCUGUCUUGGUGUCGGACUUGAGUCUCAUUAGAGGAGAAACAGUGACCUGG